AUGCCACAUGGGCGCUUGACACCGCUUGGCAGACAGCUCCGCUCUGUCCUUGCCAGCAUCCGCCAUUCCUCCACGCCGAACCACCUCGACACCUUCGAAAUACCAAUCCGCCCAGCCAGCUGCCUGCCAAUUGACGCAGCAUGGCGACGCGAUGCUGCGCGUCAGCUACAUACCAGUCCUUUCACACGACAGACGGCCGUAGCGCCAGCUUUGGAAGAUGAAGAGCCUGACGCGAGCGAGUAUGCGCAUUUGGUAGAGAAGCAGCAUAUGCAAGGCAAGACACUGGACAAGGGAGAAAUUCAAGAUGGUCGACGCUUUCGAAUCCACGGUUGGAGACGGCUGAAGCGUCGAGGACGUAUGGAUCAUCUCACACAUGCUCUUAAGGCCACCAAGGACGAUAUGGUUACACCGUACGCUCCUCCCGGGAAACGCAAUCUAAACUACGUAAACGUUCGGAGUCGUAAUGCUUGGCAAGAGUUCAAAGAGCGGCAACGAAGGCACAAAGAUGAUGCUCUCCCCGAUCCAGCGCAUUCUCGUGAGCUUUCUCUCCAACGCAUCCUUGCUAGUUAUAUUCGGCAUACAGCGAGAGCAGCGGACUUCCUGGAAGCUGAGUGGAACAUGCCGUUCCAGCUCUCGGACGAGGAAUUGCAAUACCUGGAAUACAAACGCGUCUCAAUAGAAGAUCUCGCAGCCUGGGCAGACAUCCUUUCACACAGAAACAUUCUGGACGCAGCUCUAUCGCUGGCCGCCCGCAUGGAUGCAGAGACGUCCAUUUCAGUCCCGAUCUUCGUACUACUCUACCUGCUCCGCCGCCGGUACAUAAGCGCACGUGCCCUGCGUCUUCUGCUGUGGUCUUCUACCAAGCUUUUGGCUGGGCGACUCCAGCGACUUCGUGACCCCGGUAUUGACAAUGAGCCGAUCCUGAUCCUUGCCACACGCCUAAUUCGUCAUGCGCGUGUCGUCUGGCCGCAGUGUCUGGUCGGCGUUGUGGAGAUGGUGCUAAAUCAUUUUCGAUAUCAGGAGCAGAGCCGCCAGCCUCUCGAGAGCGACAAGUUGAAGAACCUUAGUCUUGCUUUGAAUAACAUCAUGGGCCUGAUCUCCUUGCAGACGGCCGUUCGACCUUUCAAAGACAAUCCACAUCAGGAGGCAGCUCUCGUGCGCAUUCUCCGGUAUAUGGCCGAGCAUCAUCCAGCGCUGCAGAUCAACAGGCAAGGAUAUCGUGCAGUUAUCAGAUUGCAAUUAGCGCAGAAAAAGACAGGAAAAGAGAGACAAUGGGCGGAACUGAAGGCCCUGUCGUGGCCUCCUUGGAAGCACGAUCGCAAUGCUAUGGAUGCGGUGGUAGAACCAGAAGACCAUGGCACUUCCAAAGCUGCUGCUACCCUCGCUGGAAUGCGAGGCGCGGGCUAUCGGCCCCUACCAUGGGAGAUAUCCGCUGGGCUGUAUGCUGGUUGGGACACGGACAAGACACCAACUAUCCAGACGCGAGCUCUACUUGGCGCUCCCGGUGCUCAGUUGUCGUCCAGGCUUCGGGGCAGCUUCAAUCCGUGGGUAGCUCGGAUCGCAACCACACGCACAAUCCAAGAAGCUUGGGCAGCGUAUCUCACUGUAGGAGAUGCUCCACAUCCCCUUGAUCAAGAUGUUUACCUGGCUAUUUUGCGGAAACUGUAUCAGCACGAGAGAGGUCUGUACAUGAGGGAAGAGAGUGGCCAGUCAGCCGAGGGUGUUCAAGCCUGGUCGAUACAGCCUGGUGAUGUGAGAGAGCUUUCACCGCUUCCGCCAUCGACUCAUCUGCAUACCUACACUCGUACUCCGCCUCCCUCCGUAGACGGCUUUUACAGUGACCUACGCAAUCGCGGCGUUGUUUUUCACGGGAAUUGUCUUGCCUUUCUGGUUCAGAACGCCAAUACUCUACAGUCGGGCCUGUGGCGUCUCCGCGACAGCAUAUCACACUACCCCGAGAUCGAAGGCCUCCUCUGUAUGCGCCCUAACACUGAUCUCUCUCGACUUCCGACGGCUGUGUUCGUAGCCUUUAUCGGACUGCUAGUGCGCUUUCCAAAUGUUCCGUGGCCGAAAGAUACUCCAGGCGGUAUCACAGAGUCUGUCGUGGACCUUACCGGCGGAUCAUUCUUCCAAGACUCUAAAUUCAAACUCAACGUGGGAAAUCCAAUGGCUCGAGCUGUUGAGCUCCUGCGUCGUAGACCCAUCCCGCAUUGCCCAUUAUGGAACACGAUCCUUCGAAGCUUGACUCACGAAGCAAACUUUGCGUCUCUUCGACAUGUCAUAGUAAUUACCCUCACCACACAUUCAGAGCGGUCCGAGGGAACGCUCAACCUCAAACAUCCCGAAGCUCGAUCCUGCGCUGGAGCGAUGUAUGCAUUCCGCAUUGUAAUAAGAAUACUCUCUCUGGCUGAGGAGAACCACAUUGACAUCGACGACCACGGAUUGCACUAUUAUUGCCUCGCGGUAGAGAAUAUGGCGGUCGCUGGGUGGAGAAUCUUGCAAGAGCACGAACGGAUGCAGAUGGAGGGCCCGAUUCCUGAGGGUCUGAACGAUAAGACUCGUUCUUUCGCAAUGCUGCAGCGACAAGCCACAUCCUCUUUGCGCAAGCACAGCAUCGAAAAUCGUCUCAAGAAGAAAUUCCGAGUUCUGGUCGGAGAUGUCAGGGAAGCAAAUGAACUGGAGCAGAAGACGCUUUCCGCGUCACCUGGCCUGCCAUCGUUGUUGACUGUACCUGGUCCAGCGUUGUUGCACGCUUACAUCCGCGCGUUAGGGUGGUUGGGGGAUCAUCAGGGUCUGCUCGACACCGUAUACUGGAUGCGCGACCAUGAGGUCGAGCUCACCGACCGACAGAACAUGGAUCGCCAGGGGCAAAAUUUGAUGCGUAAGGCGAUUGUAGCACUGCGCGUGUUUUUGGAGCGAGGCUGGAUUGGUGGAAAUGACACGGCAGCAGCGGCCAUCGAACCCACUGGAGACGAUGAAGAGGGAGAAGGUGCUGCGCCGCUUGACAUGACUGGCAGGAUCCUUUUGCGAAUUCGUUCUCCCGCUUCACCAGAGUUGAUUGAUGCGGCGAGAGAGGCUGUGGAGAGCAUUUCGGGCUGGCAAGGGUGGCCGACAGACGAAGAAGUGGAGUGCUAUACGAGAAAUACGCGGUUUCAGCGUGUUCACAGACUCUAA